AGGCAGGCUCCCACGCUGAAAAGUGAAAAAAAAAGACCACCCGUGUUCCAUGAUCCAUGUAUUCCACUUUCACUCGGUUCAAAUAAAGUAAAAAACCCUGUAAAACAAAGGGUUUCUCUUUUCUCUCUGAAGGAAAAAGAAGAAGAAUAAAAGGCAGCUAAUCAGAGCUUUAACAUUGUUGGGGGAAAAUGGCUUGGGAUUUAAUUUUCUGGGUUGUCUGUUUCUUCAUCAACAUUGCUCUUCUUGCUUCAUCCUUUUUUCAGUUGUUAUCAUUAUCAGAUCUUGAGGCUGAUCAUCUGAAUCCUUUCGAAGCUUCUACUCGGAUUAAUUCGAUUGUUCUCCCGGAGUUCCUUUUGCAAGGAUUUCUCUGCAUUUCUUUCCUGCUUACCUGGCAUUGGUUCAUGUUUCUUUUCACUCUUCCUAUCGCUGCUUAUCAUCUCAUGUUGUACUUGAAUCGGAAGCAUCUUCUUGAUGUCACUGAGAUUUUCAGAGAUCUUAAUACUGAGAAGAAAUAUCGUUUUAUCAAGUUGGCCGUUUACUUAUUGCUCUUCACUGUAGUUUUGUUCAGACUCCUCUCUGCAAGCAUAUUCUUUUUCUUCGCAUGGAAGUUUGAAGAAUUAGACAUUCGAACCUCUCUUUUCUACUAGUAUUUUAGGAACCCUUUGGCUAGUGAUAUCUGCGUUCAACUCUUUACACGAUGAAGUUGAUGUGCAUGCAUUUUGAUUACUUGGCACUGUGGUAGUUGGUAUUUGUAAGUCUGUGUGUUGAAAGUGAAACCUAGCUUACUGGAGUAGAUGUAUCAAAAGUUGAUAGUUUGAUUAGUUUACUGAAUGGGUUUUUACUCGGGCUGAUUGAUGCAAAGGGGAGGUUCCCUAGACAAAUUUUCCAAGUUUUGAAGAAUCAAGUGAAAGGAGUGUUAUCUUCCUAAAGAAAUGAUUGAAUCAAGUAUGCUUUUUUUCUUGAAGUUCCUUCUAAUAUAUUGAACUGAUUGAUGAUCCAUUUAUGUUUUUGCUGCCAUGGGCACAUGUAUUUCCUUCCUUAACUUCUGUUUUUCUUUUCUAGAUUAGACCUUAGGCUUGAAUUUUUACAGCGUUGUUACCUUCAAUUUCAUUCAAUUUUGGUAUUUUCAGUAGCUUUUUAAAAUAUUCGUCUUUGAGCCAA